CAAGCAUAGAACGGAACCGAAAUUUCCCACCGACCAUAAUCAACUCCCACCGAAACUUCAAGAACCUACCAGCCCUCAUUUUUCAUCUCUAGAUUUCUCUACACCAUUCCCACCUCCCCGGAUUUAAACUCAAUCCCACCAAAUUUUCCACCCCAAAAUUUACCAGAAAACUCAUCUCUCAAUCUCCAACCAUUUCCACAACCAUGACAUCCCAAGACGGCGCGGUCACCAUCUACACCAGCGGCGCAGUCACCGACGCCAAGAUCAAGAACCCCUACAGCCUCAAGGUCGGCCUCGCUCAAAUGCUCCGCGGCGGCGCCAUCGUCGAAGUCACCAACCCCGACCAAGCCAAGCUCGCCGAGGACGCCGGCGCCUGCUCCGUCAUCGUCUCCGACCUGCCCCACUCCGCCGGCAAUCUCCGCAUGUUCGAUCCCUCCCUCGUCAAGGACAUCAAACGGGCCGUCUCCGUCCCCGUCAUGGCCAGAUCCCGCGUCGGCCAUUUCGCCGAGGCCCAGAUCCUCGAGGCCAUCGGAAUCGACUACAUCGACGAGAGCGAGUACCUCGCCGUCGCCGACGAGGAUCAUUACGUCAACAAGCACAAUUUCCGCUGCCCCUUCGUCGGCGGCGCCGAGAAUCUCGGCGACGCGCUGAGGAGAAUCCGGGAAGGGGCAGCGUUGAUCCGGACCCAGGGAGAUUUAUCCGGGUCGGGCAAUGUGGCCCGGACGGUCCGUAACGUCCGGGCCAUCAUGAGCCAGAUAAGAAUGCUGAACAACAUGGACGACGACGAAGUGUUCGCGUUUGCUAAGAGCAUUGCGGCGCCGUACGAUCUGGUGGCGCAGACGAAGCAAAUGGGGCGGCUGCCGGUGGUGCAAUUUGCCUCCGGGGGGAUUGUGACGCCGGCUGACGUUGGGCUGGUGAUGCAGUUAGGAUGUGAUGGAGUGUUUAUAGGGUCGGAUGUUUUUGGGUCGGCGGAUCCGUAUAAGCGGGUGAGGGGCAUUGUUGAUGUUGUGAGGAAUUAUAAUGACCCGGAUGUGCUGGUGGAGACGAGCUCCGGGUUGUCGGGUAUGAUGGCGGGUAUGAGUAUCGGCGAGGACAGAAUCGAAGAGUUUGGGCGUGGAGGUGUUUGAUGGUCUUUGCUAGGAAUGUCAAUAGCUCUCUUUUCUCUCUUUCUUUCUUUCUUUCUUUGGUUGGUGUUUAACUUGUUAAUGCAUAAUGGGUGUGUGUGUGUGUUGUGUUUUACUUUUGUAGCAUGGUCUGGAGGGGUAUACAUAGUCAGUGUCUUUAACUUUCUUUGUCUAAUCUGCAAACUUGUUAGCAUGAACCUUUGUAUUGCACCAAGUUUUGAUCAAAUUACUGAUAUGGUUGAGAAUAA